GAGUCGGGAUUAUCUUAGCCUCACGUACAGCAAUUUGCGGGACAGUGACAGUUCGGGGCACUUCGGCGCGAUUCGGAGCGGCUGCCACACAAACUUCAAAUGCUUUAAACUUUGUGUCAUGGUGAAUCUCAAGACCAUUACUUAAAGAUCUCAAUUGUGGACUGAAAUAAUCUAUCAUUCAUAAGUCUUCUUUCUUGCACGCCACCAGCAGCCCAUCUUCCCAUAGCUAGAAAAAUUCGCAUACACAAUAUUCUUCUUGUUAGAAACAAUGGCGAAUGAUGCUCUCCACCCUCCAACUCCUCGCAAACGCAUUGUGGUAGCGAUGACUGGUUCCACUGGUGCUUGUCUGGGAAUCAAAGUCCUUAUAGCUCUACGACGUCUAAAUAUCGAAACACACCUCGUCCUCAGUCACUGGGCUUUGGCUACUAUAAAGUACGAGACGGAUUAUACGCCAGCAAAUAUCAAAGCUCUUGCUGAUCAUGUGUGGUCCAAUAAUGAUCAAGCCGCCCCAAUUUCGAGUGGUUCUUUCCAUGCUGAUGGCAUGAUUAUCAUUCCGUGUAGCAUGAAGACUUUGGCGGCCGUCAGUUCUGGAUAUUGCGAAGAUUUGAUCUCUAGAGCUGCCGAUGUCAUGCUAAAGGAAAGACGGAGGUUGAUCUUAGCAGUCAGAGAAACACCGUUGAGCGAGAUACACUUGAGAAACAUGAUGACGGUCACCCGCGCCGGAGCGAUCAUUUGCCCGCAGAUGCCGGCAUUCUAUACAAGACCUAGUUCGAUAGAUGAUUUAGUAGAUCAGAUGGUAGGGCGAUGCUUAGAUCUUUUUGGGCUUGACACCGGAGAUUUUAAAAGAUGGAACGGACCUCCAAUGUCCGAAUAGAUGAAGUCUGCGAUUAAGCCAGGAUUUGAAUUUCAAUUAAAAAAUUAAAAAUUAAGAGUCUUUAAAUGUAGAGAUAUCAGAUUCGAUAACAUUAAUAAAUCGAUCGGGCGGGUGGAAAACGAAUAUUGAAAGAAUAAUAGACUAAUAGAUGAAGCUAUAUGAUAUUAUAGGGUAGAUGAAUAGAAUUUCACAGAUAGAAUACA